GCCUGUUGUACCGAAACGGAGGAGGGCGUCUCUCUGCUCCGUCGCCGAUCUCGCCUCCGCCGCGAAUCCCCCGAAACCGCGAGCAGAUUCGCGCCGGACUCGCGACGAUUUUUGAUGAGAUAAGCCCCCGGCCACCUCGGGGUUCGCGAUGCUGCGGAAGGCGGCCGUCGGGUUCCUCGCCUGCCUCGUGCUCUACCUCGCCUUCUCCUCCUACCUCCGUAGCCAGAGGGCUGCAUAUGUUCAGUUACCAGCAGUUACUCACAGGGUAUACCUGGACGUGGAAAUUGAUGGCCAAAAUAUAGGUAGAAUUGUCAUUGGUCUUUAUGGGGAAGUUGUGCCAAAGACAGUUGAAAAUUUUAGAGCCCUUUGUACAGGUGAAAAGGGUGAUGGGCCCAAGGGUAAACCUCUUCACUAUAAAGGAACACCAUUUCAUCGAAUCAUCCCAGGUUUCAUGAUUCAGGGUGGUGACAUAGUUAGAGGUGAUGGGAAAGCAAGCGAAUCUAUAUAUGGAGGCACCUUCCCAGAUGAGAAUUUCAGUGUGAAACAUACACAUCCAGGUGUUGUUGCUAUGGCAAAUUCCGGAACUGAUUCCAACGGAUCCCAGUUCUACAUAACCACAAUCAAGACAGGCUGGUUGGAUGGGGAGCAUGUGGUCUUUGGCAGGGUGAUUCAGGGAAUGGAUUAUGUCUACGCCAUUGAAGGGGGCGCAGGCACUUACAACGGCAAGCCGAGGAAGAAGGUGCUGAUCACUGACUCUGGUGAGAUACCCAAGGAGAAAUGGGGCGAGGAAGCAGACUGAGUCAUAGCCUAGUGCUAGAAAGGGGUUGAUGCCUUUCCACCCACCCAGGUUCAAGGCAUAGUGAUUGCAAUUUGGGUUCGUUGCACCAAUUAUACCGUAGGGGCCUCCCUUAUAGUCUUUCUGUCAAAAUGAAAACGGGGCGACUGAAAUUCAGUAGGCUGCUUGGCCUACUCUGUUGCCUACGGAUUUUGACACCGCGCGCUUUCGUGACCGGUUUUCUUCGCACACCAGCUGUGCUUCGGGCAGAGUUCUGAAUAUUGUACAUUGUAGCCAGCGUAUCGCAUGCCAAAACCUACUUGUAUCUUUUUUUGCGGGGUAAAACCUACUUGUAUCUGAUUAGUAGUGAUAUCCAUAUUACGCUA